AUGGUUACACUAACGAAUCUUCCCGUCGAAUUGAUAUAUAUAAUUCUGGAUUUUAACAACAUCAGUGUUCAAGAUUUUGCAAACUUCUCUACAUGCAAGCAGUUUUAUCAAAUGCAAUACCCCAGCUCAGUUUGGCGGCAAAAGUUCAAUCAGAGAUGGUCUGGUUUGAAAAAAGCUUGUCAAACCGAAAUGCAUAAAGGUUAUCGAACUUUUGAAGAAUUGGUAGAAGCACGAGUAAAAUGUAAGAAAGAAUUGCCGCAUUUGUUGGCACAAAUGAGCGAAAAGUACUAUCACAACGGUUCUGAUGAGUACUUGAAGGAACGUGUGGGAAGGGGCGACAAUUUGGUCGAAACUUGUAUAUAUCACAAACACUUGAAUAAUAUAAUUCUCGAUAAGGAAGAGCUUCUUUUAUUGGUUUAUCCAAACAAGACAACUCAUCACUUGAAUUGUUAUUUACUUAUGGAUGAAUUAACAAAAAACGUAUGGGAGGAAUUUAUAAAUCGCCCUGCUAAACAGCAGCUAUUGGAAGAGGUGAUAAAUUUUAUCAUACAAUUGCUUCAUCCGGAGAAAAAUGUCUCUUGCUCGUACAUAGAAAUGGACCUGGAGAAUAUCGCACAACAGGUGAUGAAGCGCCUUAAAAUUGAGAAUCCAAAGCAUCCAAUAUUCUCGGCAUCUCGUGAACAAUUCUCGAUUUGGAAAUACAAUAAUAUCUAUGAAAAUCAAUGGAACAACAGCGAUGGAAGGCAGAUUAUAAAUAUUCUUUUCAAUAUUCUCUUGGAGAAAUCAAGCUUCAACGCAGUUGUACAUUCUUUGAAAUCAGAUCUCUUUCGACAAUACCUAUGUAUUGCUAGGCAGAAUGCUUCCAUGUAUAGUGGACCGCUGAUAGUCAUAUUCCAGAGUGUUGCCAGACGACUUGGUAUAUAUUGUGAUCUAGUAUCUUUUCUUCUAGUUGAUCCUAGUUUUUAUAGUCCGUACGAUGUCCAGGAAGAAAUAACUUAUUGGUUAUUAAAAUGGCAGCUAAUAUGUAAUGUAAUACACUCUGAUGACGAACAAUGUCUUUAUAUCCAUCUCGGACGCAAUGCAGCCAUUCUGAAUAUAAAUAACUUGCCAAUAAUUGAUUUUUGUACUUUAGAAUAUUCCAUAAAUUUUGAUAGAUAUCCCAGAAUACAUUUGUUAGAGCUGAUGAUAACUUUGGCUGAACAGUAUAUGUCAUUAAUACAACGUGAGAAUAUGUAUCAUAAUUAUCAUAGGAAAAGGUGUAAUGAUCUCGGUUGCAUAUUCGAAAGAGAUCGUUGGUGGACAAAGUUUUUAGAUCUGGUAACAGAACGCUCGAUAGCACAGUCUCUUGAUAUGAGUGAAAAAGAAGAUGUAUUUAAGUUCGUAGAUGAAUUGGAAAAGUGUAUAUUUUUUAUUUCAGACCAGUUAGAGAAGCUAAAUACGUCGACAGCUAUUAAUAAUUGCGAACUCGGUGAAUAUUUCUCGGAAUUCAAAGGUACUUAUUACAUGCCAAAUAAAAUGUUAGCAACUGAGUAUCCAGACGAUGUAUUAUAUUUAGCUAACGAAUUCUAGCAUUUUUUUUUAUUGGUAUGCGUUUAUAAUCU